GGCUAGGAGGGAGCCGGGGUGGCGGCCUGAGCCUCCCCGCGGAGCCGACCCGGGAACAGGGGGAGUGGCCACAGCAGAUCCUAUCAGGUGCUGAGUGGCUGUCAUGAUCUCUACAGCCCCGCUCUACGGCAGCGGCGUGCACAACUGGACCAGCUCUGACCGGAUUCGCAUGUGUGGCAUCAACGAGGAGAGAAGAGCGCCUCUUUCUGAUGAGGAGUCCACGACAGGUGACUGCCAGCACUUUGGAUCUCAGGAGUUUUGUGUCAGCAACAGUUUUUCCAAGGUGGAGCUCACAGCCGUUGGGAGUGGCAGCAAUGCCCGGGGGGCGGACCCAGAUGGCAGUGCGACGGAAAAACUUGGGCCCAAGCCUGAAGACAAGCCUGCCGACCCCCAGCCCCAAAUGGACUAUGCUGGGAAUACAGGGGAGGCUGAGGGCCUCAUGGUGCCGCUGAGCAGCCUGGACGACGGGCUCACGCUUCCCUCGCCUAACGGGGCGGACGGCUCCUGGACUCCGCACAGCAGCCAAAUGAGCACGCAGGCGGAUGGCUCGGCAGCCGGGGUAAAGGCCUUGGACCCGCGGCACAGUGUGGGGGAGAAGAAUACUUUCAUUUUGGCAACUCUGGGAACUGGAGUGCCUGUGGAAGGCACUCUGCCUCUGGUUACCACUAACUUCAGUUCGCUGCCGCCUCCCAUCUGCCCCCCUACUCCCGGCUCGGCCUCUGCUCCCCCGUCUGCUCCGGAACCAUUCCAAGUCCCCCUUUCUGUCCCUGGCCCCGUGCCGCAUUCGGGGCUCGUUCCUGUCCAGGUUGCCCCUUCCGUCACGGCUCCUUCCCCACCUUCGGCGCCCGUGCCGGCUCUGGCUUCGGCACCACCCUCAGUGCCCACUCUCAUCUCUGACUCGACCCCCCUCUCUGUGUCGGCCUCGGUCCUGGUGUCUGUGCCAGCUUCAGCCUCGCCCUCAGGCCCAGUCACCCUGUCAGCUCCUGCCCCGACACCCCUCUCCGUCCCUGUUUCAGCUCCGCCCUUGGCUGUGAUCCAAGCUCCAGUGCCUCCUUCAGCUCCGACCCUGGUCCUUGCGCCUGUCCCCACUCCAGUUCUGGCUCCCAUUGCCGCGUCCACACCACCGGCAGCUCCUGCUCCGCCUCCGUCUGUGCCGAUGGCCACCCCAGCCCCGUCCUCUGGCCCCCCCUCUACCCCCACCCUCAUCCCAGCCUUCGCUCCUACGCCUGUUCCGGCCCCGACUCCAGCUCCAAUCUUUACUCCUGCACCUACGCCCAUGCCGGCUGCCACCCCGACGGCCAUUGCCACCUCUGCACCUAUCCCGGCCUCCUUUAGUUUGAGUCGAGUGUGUUUUCCUGCAGCUCAGACACCAGCUAUGCAAAAAGUCCCCCUGUCCUUUCAGCCCGGGACGGUCCUGACCCCAAGCCAGCCGCUGGUCUAUAUCCCACCUCCGAGCUGUGGACAGCCGCUUAGUGUGGCCACACUGCCAACCACCUUGGAGGUCUCGUCCACUCUUACACUCCCUGUCCUGCCAUCCUACCUGCAGGACAGGUGUCUUCCUGGCGUGCUGGCCUCCCCGGAGCUACGGUCUUACCCAUAUGCAUUUUCUGUGGCCCGGCCUCUGACUUCCGAUUCUAAGCUGGUCUCUCUGGAGGUGAACAGGCUUCCUUGUGCAUCUCCGUCCAGCAGUACCAGCACCCAGCCUGCCCCUGAUGGGGUCCCCGGGCCUUUGGCAAACACAGCCCUCACCACUGCUUCCGCCAAGGUGCUUCCAACUCCACAGCCAUUGCUGCCCGCGCCCAGCGUGACCUCGGCCCCGUCGCAUCCCACCAAGAUGCCAGGCGCAACCGAGCAGCAGACAGAAGUGACCUCCGUCACCUUUUCUCCCCUCAAGUCGCCCCCGCAGCUGGAGCGCGAGAUGGCCUCCCCACUGGAGUGCAACGAGCUGCCCCUCGACCUCUCCUCCAAGUCUAACCGGCAGAAGCUGCCGUUGCCCAACCAGCGCAAGACGCCCCCCAUGCCCGUGCUGACCCCUGUGCACACCAGCAGCAAGGCCCUCCUCUCCACCGUUCUGUCCAGGUCUCAGCGCACGGCCCAGGCUGCCGGCAGCAACGUCACCUCUUGCCUGGGGCCCACCUCCUCGCCCUUCGUCAUCUUCCCUGAGAUUGUAAGAAAUGGGGACCCAAGCACCUGGGUGAAGAACUCCACGGCACUCAUCAGCACCAUUCCGGGCACCUAUGUGGGAGUGGCCAACCCAGUGCCUGCGUCCUUGCUGCUGAACAAAGAUCCCAACUUGGGCCUCCCCCGAGAUCCCCGCCAUCUCCCCAAGCAGGAGCCCAUCUCCAUCAUCGAUCAAGGUGAGCCGAAGAACCCGGGGACGCCAUGUGGCAAGAAGGGCGGCCAGGCUGGGACUGAGGGACAGCCAAGCACAGUCAAACGUUACACCCCAGCCCGCAUUGCCCCGGUGCUGCCAGGCUGCCAAACCAAGGACGUUUCCCCGUGGAAGCCCCCGGGGCCAGCGAAUAUUUACCCACGGUGUUCAGUCAAUGGCAAAGCCACCAGCAGCCAGGUCCUACCCGUUGGCUGGUCCCCGUACCAUCAGGCAUCUCUGCUUUCCAUUGGCAUCUCCAGUUCUGGGCAGCUGACCCCCACCCAGGGGGUGCCCAUCAGGCCCACGGGCAUUGUCUCUGAGCUGUCAGGUGUGGCGGCUCUUGGCCCCAAUGAAACUGUGCAUGGACUUCCCGAUGGGCAGCCACGACCCGGAGGCCCCUUUGCUCCAGAGCAGGAUGCUGGCACGAAGAACAAAACUUGCCGGAUUGCUGCCAAGCCUUACGAAGAACAAGUGAACCCUGUCCUCCUGACUCUCAGCCCUCAGACAGGCACACUGGCGCUGUCCGUCCAGCCUAGCAGUGGGGACAGGCGAGUCAAUCCAGGGCCCGAGGAACCCAACAGCAGUCCAAAAGCGGACGGCCCCCAGGGUUCCUGUGGCGCAAAGCUGGCUGGAGACACAAAACCUAAGAACCAAGUGCUGGCCACCUACAUGUCCCAUGAACUGGUCCUGGCCACCCCUCAAAACCUCCGCGCCAUGCCCGAGCUGCCUUUGCUACCUCACGACGGCCGCCCCAAGGAGCUCCUCUUGGACGUGGUCCCCGGCAGCAGGAGGGCCUCCAGCACAGAGCUGCCACCACUGGGAGGCCAGGUGGACCUGGGACGGGUGAAAAUGGAGAAGGUGGAUGGUGACGUUGUCUUCAACUUAACCACCUGCUGCCGGGCUGACGGGCUCCCAGCAGCUGCCCAGCGGGGUCCGUCUGAAGUUCGGAGUAAGCCCGGACAGGCGCGAGUGAAGCAGGAAAGUGUCAACACCUUUGCUUGCAAGACCAAGUGGCAGCCAGAUUCGGUGGUGUCCGAGGGGGGAGCCGAAUCUCUGCCUCCCAAGAAACUGAAGUCUGGGAAAGAGAAGGAUGGCGAGGAGCAGCAGCAGCGGCCGCUGCAGAUCAAGGUGGUUGGCCGGUCUUCCCUGGCAGCCAAGUGCCGGAAGUCACCUAGUGACCCGAAGGAACCCAUCAAGAAAAGCCUCAGGGGGGCUGCGGAGUCAGGAAAAGAGCACAAUGGAGGCAGGGUAAAGCACAAGCACCGGAAGCCAGCCAAGCCAGAGUCCCAGUCUCUGGGAAAGCGAGCUGAUGGCCACGAGGAAGGUUCCUUGGAAAAGAAAGCAAAGAGCAGUUUCCGUGACUUCAUCCCCGUGGUUUUGAGCACCAGGACGCGCAGCCAGUCUGGAAGCGUCUGUAGCUCCUUUGCUGGUGUAGCAGAUGGUGACGUGGGAAACCAGGAAGUCUUCCCCACUGAAGAGGAUGAGUCAGUGACUGCCUCUCCGGCUAAGCGCCGAAAGGUGAGGAAGGCCCAGCGGGAUACCCAGUAUCGCAGUCACCACGCUCAGGACAAGAAUCUCCUGAACCAAGGCCGCAGACACCUGUGGCGAACCCGAGAAAUGCCCUGGAGAACAGAGUCUGCCCGGCAGGUGUGGGACACCAAUGAGGAGGAGGAGGAAGAGGAGGAGGAUGGCCUGGUGAAGAGGAAGAAACGAAGGCGGCAGAAGAGCCGGAAGUAUCAGACUGGGGAGUACCUGACCGAGCAAGAAGAGCAGCGGAAGAAAGGAAGAGCAGAGUCAAAGAUUCGGAAGCCGAAACCUCCCCCACAAAAUUUGACAGAACCUCGCCUCAGGAGCAGAAGCCUUCCUCUGCCCAACAAAACCCAGGGCGUCUUGGAGUCACCCAAUGGUAUUCUCCCCAAUAACCUGGAGGAGCCAGCCUGCCUUGAAAACUCAGAAAAGCCAUCAGGAAAACGGAAGUGCAAGACCAAGCACAUAGUGCCCGUCUCUGAAGAGACAAAGGGCAAAGGGCGCUGGAACCAGCAGAAGCCACGAGCACCUAAACCCGCCACCCAAGCGAAACCCACGGAGCCAGGCGUGCACUCAAGGUCUAGAAGCGCCGGCCCAGAAGAUGUUUCAGAAUCACCGACCGCCCGGCAGAUCCCACCAGAGGCACGGCGACUCAUAGUGAACAAAAAUGCUGGGGAGACGCUCCUGCAGCGGGCAGCUCGUCUCGGCUAUAAGGAUGUCGUCCUCUACUGCCUCCAGAAAGACAGCGCGGAUGUGAAUCACCGCGACAAUGCCGGCUACACGGCCCUGCAUGAGGCCAGCUCCCGGGGCUGGACCGAAAUCCUCAAUAUCCUACUGGAGCAUGGGGCCAACGUGAACUGCAGCGCGCAGGAUGGCACAAGGCCAGUUCACGAUGCGGUCGUCAAUGACAACCUGGAGACUAUGUGGCUCUUGCUGUCCUAUGGGGCUGACCCCACCCUGGCUACCUACUCGGGGCAGACGGCCAUGAAGCUUGCAAGCAGUGAUGCAAUGAAGCGCUUCCUUACGGAUCACCUCUCAGAUCUUCAGGGCCGGGCGGAGGGUGAUCCUGGUGUAUCCUGGGACUUUUAUAGCAGUUCUGUGCUGGAGGAUAAAGAGGGAUUCGCCUGUGACCUCCUUCAAAAUCCUCCUGGGAGCUCGGACCAUGAAGGGGAUAACGGAGAAGACGACGAUUUUAUGUUCGAGCUCUCUGACAAGCCUCUUCUCCCUUGCUACAACCUCCAAGUGUCGGUGUCCCGUGGGCCCUGCAACUGGUUUCUCUUCGCCGACGUCCUGAAGCGGCUGAAGUUAUCCUCGCGGAUCUUCCAGGCUCGCUUCCCGCACUUUGAAAUCACCACCCUGCCCAAGUCGGAGUUCUUCCGCCAGGUGUCGGCCAGUCAGCUGCUGACCCCCGCCGAGUGGCCAGGGGUCCUGGACACCCGCGCCGCCUGCCCGUCGGAGUCCGUGGAGCUGGUGCGCUAUGAGCCUGAGCUCCUGCGCCUCCUGGGCUCCGAGGUGGAGUUCCAGUCUUCCAACAGCUGACGGGACCCAGCCCGCCUGCGGCUUCCGGCUCCACCCAAGCGCCCCCAUUCCCCCCCCCCAACCGAGCACCAGACCGCAGAAUGAGGCAAUAAUCUGGACCAACAAGAAGCCGCCUUAUCAAUGCCAGCAUUAGCUAAUGACUGGAUUUGGGGGAGGGGAGGGAGGGGAGUUUCCAGUUCCUUCUCAUAUCCCCUUUAUCGUUAUUGUUGUGUUGGGUGAUGGGGGUGGAAAGUGGGACUCGACGCCCGAGGACGCGAGUUCCUGGGAGGGGGGGGUGGCGGCGUCAGGGUGUGGAUGUGGCCCAGCCCGGGCCCAGGGCCCCACACUGGCCACAACCUGGCCAGACGAGAGCCAAGAAAAGCCCAAAUCUCCGAGUGCCCCACCCCCUCCCUGUUCCCCUGUGUUCUUCUGUCUUCCAUAGUAUUUAUUUUAUUAGUAUUUAAUUUGUAUUGUUUCAUUGGUUUCUGAGAAGUCUGUAUCACUGUGACAAUUUUGAGACAACCUGUUGUCUGGAGGGGUUCUCGGCCCCUUCCUUCCUUCCUUCCUU